UUUUCAAUACGUGUAUUGUAUCCGACUGCGUAUAGACUACGUUUUAUGUUACGCCACUUAAGUCAUUAGUAUUAUUUUAAAAGUUUGUAUAGCUAACGAUUUGGCAUUCACACUAUAUGACCACUGCAAAGGGCUAUAAAUAUUGUUGAAGAAAACGAUUGUAUAUGGGUUCGUAACAUUCCCAGCAUUUGAGUUGGCUAGAAGGCCGUGUUAUAUGGAUGUGAAAAAUCUGAAUCUAUAGAAGAUAUAUUGUUUGAAUCUUUAUAACAAAUACAUUGAUAUGUGGCCAAGCCAAGUGCUCACGUUUUGCUUUGUACUAAUAUUAAGCGCCUGGUGUACGUACGCAGACGAACAUAAUCACAAGUAUAAUGACCGUGAAGAGGUGGUGCUCUGGAUGAACACAGUUGGCCCGUACCAUAAUAGGCAGGAGACAUAUGCCUAUUUUUCCUUACCAUUUUGUAGUGGUGCAAAACAAAGCAUUUCCCAUUAUCAUGAGACGCUCAGUGAAGCGUUGCAAGGUGUUGAGUUAGAAUUUAGUGGCUACGAAAUAGAUUUUAAAGUUGACGUCUCUCCAACCGUAAUAUGCAUGAUCGAUCUAACAAUUGAUAAAGUUAAAGCAUUUACAUAUGCGGUUAAAAACCAAUACUGGUAUCAAAUGUAUAUAGAUGGCUUACCGAUUUGGGGCGAGGUUGGGAAAAAGGACGACCAGGAAGAAAAGUAUUAUAUUUUUACACACAAAAGAUUUGAAAUUGGUUACAAUGGUCAACAAAUAGUUGACGUAACUUUGCACAACGAUAAAAAAGAGUUGCUAAUACCAGGUUCUAAAAUAAAGUUUUCUUAUGAAGUAAACUGGAAACCAAAUUCGGUGGAAUUUAAAAAUCGAUUCGACAAAUAUCUGGACCCAAAAUUUUUCCAACAUAGAAUCCACUGGUUCAGUAUUUUUAAUAGUUUUAUGAUGGUAAUAUUUUUGGUUGGAUUGGUUUCUAUGAUACUUAUGCGUACGUUACGCAAAGACUAUGCACGAUACAGCAAAGAUGAAGAAAUGGAUGAUAUGGAACGUGACUUGGGUGACGAAUACGGCUGGAAACAAGUUCAUGGAGAUGUCUUUCGGACCCCUCCACAUGCUUUGUUAUUUUCUGCUAUGAUCGGAGCUGGUUGUCAAUUAAUUUCCGUAGUGCUCGGUGUCAUCUUAUUUGCGAUUGUAGGUGAAUUAUAUACAGAGCGUGGGUCGAUGCUAUCUACUGCCAUAUUUGUAUAUGCAGCAACAUCCCCUGUCAAUGGUUACUUUGGGGGUUCGUUAUAUGCUCGACUUGGCGGCCGAAUGUGGAUCCGCCAAAUGCUAGUGUCUGCAUUCAUGGUGCCAGUGUUUGUUUGCGGAACGGCCUUUCUCAUUAAUUUUAUUGCUAUUGGUUACCAUGCAUCACGCGCUAUACCUUUUGGAACAAUGAUUGCCGUUACAUGUAUAUGCAUCUUCGUUGUUCUGCCGUUAACACUAGCAGGAACUGUGGUAGGACGUAAUUUAGAUGGGCAACCAGACCAUCCUUGCCGAGUAAAUGCAGUACCUCGUCCAAUACCCGAAAAAAAGUGGUUUAUGGAACCGGCUAUUAUAAUUCUUCUUGGCGGCGUGUUACCAUUCGGGUCAAUUUUUAUCGAAAUGUACUUUAUUUUCACCUCUUUUUGGGCAUAUAAAAUUUACUACGUUUACGGUUUUAUGCUUCUGGUGUUUACCAUAUUAAUGAUUGUAACGGUGUGCGUUACUAUUGUAUGCACUUACUUCCUUUUAAACGCAGAGGACUAUCGGUGGCAAUGGACAAGUUUUAUGUCUGCUGCUUCGACUUCCAUAUACGUUUACGCGUAUUCAUUCUACUAUUUCUUCUUUAAAACAAAAAUGUAUGGUCUUUUCCAAACUGCUUUUUAUUUUGGCUAUAUGGCACUGUUCAGUGGCGCUCUAGGAAUUAUAUGUGGCACAGUCGGCUAUUUGGGCACAAGCUUAUUUGUACGAAAAAUAUACUCUAAUGUUAAAAUAGACUAGACUACAUAUAUUUAUAUCUUAUGCAAUACUUUGGUCUAAUGUAAUUCCUAAAUUCGUCUUAUAUUUAGUACUUUGAUUAGAUUAUUUUUUUUUUUAAUCAAACUAAUUAAAUGUUAUCUUCUUAGUAGCAACAAUGAGUUAAAUAUUUAUUGAAACUAAUUGUUCACUGCAGAAAUCUCGCCACCACUAAAAUUCAAUGCAAGAUGUAUUUAUAUGAAAUAUAUAUUGAAGAAAGAAAGAAGAAAAAUUGUAUAUUGUAAAUUUUCAAAAAAUAUUUGAUUGUAUGUAGGAGUGACUGACCAAAAAGUCGUAACAUGAAAUUUAAUAGAUAAAUACAUAUUUAUAUAAUUUAAUUUAUAUAGUAUUAUCACUGAAA